AUGGACUCCUCGGACUCAGAUCUCGAAUUCGCCGCCUCCGUCCUGCUAGUCAGCCCGACGCUGACGGCACUAGAAUCAACCGAGAAUGCCGUCUUCUCAGAAGACCUCCCCACCACAGUCACACGACAAAACGCGCGAGUCGCUCUUGGACGACUUGCACGUAGAGCUCAGCGGGAUCUUUAUCGCCUGCGUCCACAGCCAUCCCCAUCGCCCUCACAGCUACCAAUCGCCGACCGAGCAUGGAGCAUUAUCCAGCGCGCCUUUGCCGGUCACUGCGCCUGGUUCGAUGCCAGCCAGCCUUGGGUCCUUCGUUGCAGAGACAUCCUGCAACAAAUCAGAGCCAUUGUCGAGGCGGGUCGAACCGAUUUAUGGCAGGCUUUUGAGAGCGUAAUGGAAAGACAGGGAGCUUCAGAGCUGGAGAAAGAGGAGUGGUGGGAUGAGAAUGCCACCACGAAGUUCGAUUCGCGCCCUGGCAUGGAGCCAAGCUUCCCCAGGACGCAAGCCGAAGGGGUAUACCUUGUGGAGGCAUUUCUGGCCCAGAAAUGCGUUAUGAACUUCGAUGGUCGAUCGGUCUUCCUUUACGGAAGACUUGUCACGCACGUAUCGGAGGCCGACAAGCCCGAAGGCAAGAACUACCUCCUAUACCAGAUCAUCCGGCAAGUCCUUGACGUGGGUGGCCACUUCAUCUGCAUCCCCGCCAUCAUCACCGCCACCACGGACACGGCGAGCCAGUUGCAGCACGAUGCGACUGCCGUGGCCGAGCUCUACGUGGCCAUCGUCUUGGGAACCUGGCAGCUCAACAAGGAUUUCCUGCAUGAUCGCGCUACGGCUGGGCUUCCGAUCGUCAAGGGCGACGGCGGCAACGUCAAGAUCCCGUUCGAGAAGCCCUACCGAGGACCUCGAGACGCGGCUGACGAUACCGACGACGACGAAGACACGGAGGAGGUCAAAUCAGCGAUCACCCUCUUUGGCGGCCUCAGCACCAUACUGGCUCUCCUCCAAUGCCCAGAAGAGGCGCCAUCAGCAGUCACAACAUCGGCGGCACAACUCGCAGAGAGCCGCGAGGCGCUCGAAGAGGAAAUUGGCGCCAUCAAGACGCAAGUCAUGGACGAGAACAACGACGACGAUGGCGGGUGGGCAAGCGACGAGGAGAUUACCAACCGGGCCGUGGGAGGAAAGCAAGACACGAAACGGCGCCAGUAG